CUUCAGUGCUGGAAUGCCAGCUGUGCCAUGGCAGCGGUGAGUUCACCUUCGGCUUUCGUUACCUGGGUGGCGGUGCCCAGUGCGCGGCAGGACUUCGGGCGUUCGUCUGCUUGGAAGGGAUCACAAGGAGCUUCUUCUUGGGGGACCUCUGCGUGGCCCAAAACUCUGCAGCGCUUUGUGGCCCUGGCUACGGUGGCAGCUGUGGGCAGCCGAAAAUGGCGGCAGAGGAAGGUGCAAGCAACCCGAGUGCCUCGACAUGAGACCGCCACAUGGCCGGUGAACGACAGCUGCGAGGUGGAUUACGAAGAGGCUCUAUCAAACAUCCAGCAACGAUCCGUGGCGUUGAUCCUGAAUCGAAACGCCAAGGGUGUGAACAAAAAGGUGGAGAAGAAACUGAUGGGCAUUGUAGGACCCUUGCGGACCUUCGUGUGCUGCUGCGAGGAGGAUGCAGAGCAUGCUUUGAAGAAGGUUAUGGGCGAUAGCGAGUGCAAAGUGGUCGUUUGCGGCGGAGGUGAUGGAACCGUGACAAGCUUGCUGAACUUCAUGGCCAAAGUGCGUGCCGAGAAUGAGAACCUCAAGAGCAGCCCAACGAUGUGUGUGCUGCGCUUGGGCACCGGCAAUGCCUUGGCCUACUUGACAGGUGCUCAGAAGAACUUUGCCAAAGAUCUCCAAAGCUUGGUGGAUCACCUUUCGGACGAGAAGGAAAAAGUUCCAGAGAUACCUACCAGCACAAUCAACUUGUCCGCCGAGGGGCUUCCUGCGGACACUGCGGAGAACACGCACUGCUUUUUUGCAGGGCUUGGCUACGAUGCUCGCAUGCUGCAGGACUACAUGUGGCUUCGAGACAAGACUAAGGAGAACCGCUUCUUGACGAAGAUGUUUCACAACCCACUGGGCUACCUAGUCGCCCUUGCGCUUCGCACUUUGCCCGCGACCAUGCGGGGAGAGCACGUCUUCCAUGUGAAGGUGACAAAUUUGGCCGAUGAAGCCUUUGCAAUGGACUCCCGACGGGGGGAUUGGGCGAUACAGUACCACAAGGACCAGGUGAUCUAUGAGGGCAAGACAGGAAUUGUCAGCGCAGGCACCGUCCCUUUCUAUGGUGGUGGAUUCCGGCUGUUCCCCUUCGCUGGCAUGCGCCCUGGCUUUGCACACAUUCGCUUGUCUCAUAUUCAUCCAGCAGUGGCCACCUUCAAUAUCCGGCCACUGUGGCAAGGGACCUACCGAAAUCACAAACAUAUCCAUGACUUCUUGGUGAAAGAUGUCAUGGUUGAGGUGGACCGGCCCACACCCUUGCAUCACAGUGGGGACUUCAUGGGCACGGCCAGCAAAGUCCGCUUCCAGGUUACUUCGGACGGUCAGACCAGGUUGGUGGAUUUCUUCGAUUGAAAAGGCAGAUGGUGCUGCCAAGGUGUUCCGUGUGGCUACGGCUCACAAGUCUUCAUAGCUGCCAUGGCCGAUUUCAAAGGCCAUGGCGAAGCAGAGGUUAUUUGCCGGAGACCUUGAGCCACGCCACCUCUUUCUCCGAAUCAUUCAGGAUUUGACGGGACUACAUUCCCGGAUUGGCAC